UCUUUGCUAAAAAUACUAAGGGGAAAAAAAAUGGCUUCGUACUUCGACGAAAUUCAAAAAUAUUUUCAGCACCACAACCGGACAAAAGAAUUGAAUGGAAACCAUACCGCCAAAGUACAUUCCGUUGGGUGGAGCUGUGAUGGUCGUCUUCUUGCGUCAGGAUCUUUCGACAAAACAGUUAGCGUGUUCCUUUUGGAGAGAGACCGAAUGUCAAGAGAAGCUACAUAUCGUGGUCACACAGACAGCGUAGAUCAACUGUGUUGGCAUCCAUUUCAUCCAGAGCUUUUUGUUACAGCAUCUGGUGAUAAGACUAUCAGAAUAUGGGAUGCAAGAGCCAACAAGACAGUAGCAACAGUCAACACAAAAGGUGAAAACAUAAAUAUUUGCUGGAGUCCGGAUGGGCAAACAAUUGCUGUUGGAAACAAAGAAGAUCUUGUGACCUUUGUGGAUGCCAGGUCACAUCGUGUCAAGACAGAAGAACAGUUCAAGUUUGAAGUCAAUGAAAUUUCAUGGAACAAUGAGAAUGACCUGUUUUUCCUGACAAAUGGACAUGGAUGUAUUAAUGUAUUAAGCUAUCCCGAUCUUAAGUCGCUUCAUGUGCUGAAUGCUCAUCCUGCCAACUGUAUAUGUAUUGAAUUCGACCCAACUGGAAAGUACUUUGCCACAGGGAGUGCUGAUGCCCUUGCCAGCUUAUGGGACGUCAACGAACUUAUUUGCAUCAGGACUUUUUCAAGGCUGGACUGGCCAGUAAGAACGUUAAGCUUCAGUUAUGACGGAAAGAUGUUAGCAUCGGCUUCAGAGGAUCUGGCCAUUGAUAUUGCUUCUGUUGAAACAGGUGAGAAGAUAACUGAAGUUCAGUGUGAAAGUCCAACAUUCACAGUAGCAUGGCAUCCCAAGAGGCAUCUGCUGGCAUUUGCGUGCGAUGAUAAAGAUAAGUACAACAGAGACAGAGAUGCUGGAACCAUCAAAUUGUUUGGACUUGCCAAUGAUUCGUCCUAGUGCUCCUUCCAUGCUGAAACUUUUUUACUUGGAUAAUAUGCCAGUGAGAUGUCAUUUGGAUAAUUGUAUUUUUGUCCAAAUAACUGAGUUUUGGGCUAAAACGCCUUGAAUAUUGGGUACGUUUAUGCUAAAAAGAAAACCCAGGGCAAAGCACUCAGAAUGUAAAAUGAUGCAAAGAAGUGUAAGGCUAAAAAAGGCUCCGGUUUCUGGUCUGCGCGCCUGUGCGCCAUAGCCAUGCGCGUCGGUAAAAUUAAAAAAAGUUUUUUUACAAUGUAAGAUGUCUUAAAACUGCCAAACUCACUGGUGUGACUGAAAUCCAGCUGCUGCAGUUUUAAUGCAUUUUUAGAUGGGGUUACGAUCGAGUAUAAGUUUUAUGUGGCCUCUCUGGGCUCCCAUAUAUUUUGCAUUAGAUUCAGUCAGGCGUCAUUUGCAGACAGUGUUGUACGUUUGUAAUUGUGCUUCCGGAAGCAAGACUGAGGAAGCGAAGGUCGUGUAUUUUGAACCUGUAAACGCUUUUUAAUAAGAGCUAUAUAUAUUAGGGAGCAGACUAAUGACAAGCCUGGCAGCACAUGCACGGUGUCAAUGUCGGUCUGAAGUUACUGUUUUCUCUGAUUUUUGUCUUGACUAUCUAAAUUAUCCGAAGAAUCGUCGUGUUGGUCGAGAUCGUAAGUGGGUGCAGAAUUCUCAAGCCUUAUGGUCUUACUGAGGUCACCUCAAACUUCACCCUGAAGGAUAUUUUUGAGAGUUUUAAGGGGAUCGAAGCGUCAUCUGCAACAUCAUUGAAGAAAAAGAAUAGGAAAAAAAAACAAGCUGCGUCACGCCACACCUCUUUUGGGGCAAGCUCGAUACCAAAAACCAAAGACUUUUUUUGUGGCCUAAUGCAAGUUAUGGAAUCGCCAAAUGCAUAUUCCAUGCCUUGUGAUAUACAUAUAGUUGUAGGUGCAAAGUGCAGUGUAAAGUCAAACAGCAACAACAUAGAAAGUAUACACAUAUGUUUUGGCAUUGUCUUCUAUCAAUCAUUGUAACUAGUACUCUUUUCUUGCUCAAUAGUUGAUUGUUAUAGAAUAUGAACCCAAAUAUUCCAUAUGUGCAUGUACACUUCAGAGACUCUUUCCCAGGUAAAAAGUUAAUUAUUAUU